CGGCGGAAAUACGUGUGCGUGUGCGUGCGUGCGGGUGUUUGGGUCGGGGCGCAGGAGGCGGUGGCAGUCGGCGGCGGGCUCUGGGUGAGGCCCGGCUGCGCCCCCGCCCCUCACCCCCCACCGCGGGGCCGCCUCCCCGCCUGCCCCUGCCCUCCUCGCACCCUCCUCCUCCUCCAGCCCAGUCGGCCGGACAGACAGAGGGACGGGCAGACAGACGCCGUGCGUGGCCGGGUCACAAACUCAAGGCAGACAGGGAUGAAUACAAGAUUGGAAUAUCCUACCUGGAAGAAGUUAAAUUAUUUCGAGGCUGUUACCAGCAGAAGCACCACUGAGAUCUGAAUCCUGGACUUGCUUUCAAGAACUUGAAACAAAGGACUUCUUUCUAGUUUGGACAUGGCUAAUCGAGGAGCAACAAGACCCAAUGGGCCAAAUGCUGGAAAUAAAAUUUGCCAAUUCAAAUUAGUACUUCUAGGAGAGUCUGCAGUUGGUAAAUCAAGUUUGGUGCUUCGUUUUGUAAAAGGACAGUUUCAUGAGUUUCAAGAAAGUACAAUUGGAGCUGCUUUUCUAACACAGACUGUGUGUCUUGAUGAUACAACGGUAAAAUUUGAAAUUUGGGAUACAGCUGGGCAAGAGCGGUAUCACAGUUUAGCACCCAUGUACUACAGAGGAGCACAAGCAGCUAUAGUUGUAUACGACAUUACAAAUGAGGAGUCCUUUGCCAGAGCGAAAAAUUGGGUCAAGGAACUUCAGCGACAAGCAAGUCCUAACAUUGUAAUAGCUUUAGCAGGAAACAAAGCUGAUCUAGCUAACAAAAGAGCUGUGGAUUUUCAGGAAGCACAGGCUUAUGCAGAUGACAACAGUUUAUUGUUCAUGGAGACAUCUGCCAAAACAUCUAUGAACGUAAAUGAAAUAUUUAUGGCAAUUGCAAAAAAAUUGCCAAAGAAUGAACCACAGAGUACAGGAGCCAACUCUGCCAGAGGAAGAGGAGUAGACCUUACUGAACCCACACAACAACCCAAGAGUCAAUGUUGUAGUAACUAAAACAUCAAUUGCUUUAAACUGUUCUGAAUAUUCUUCUGCUUCCUAACUGUUAAUAACCAUGGAAUUGGAGUGCUUAACCUGGCCCAAUACAGCUUCCAAACAGUGAAGAGACUUACAAUAAUACUCAAGUUUAUGAUACAGAAUUUCCUUUUGACCUAAAAUUUUAACAUGCAUGUAUCUGCCACUGUCUGUAAUGUUUCAGCAGUAGAGGAGUGAUGGAAGCGGAAUAAACUUCCUUCAGUUGAAAGGUUUUAAAAAUCACUCACCAUUAGGGAUAUAGAAGAACUACUUUCGAUGGACCUAAUUGGCCAGUUCCUGUAGCUUCAAUACUGAUUACUGUUAAAAUGAAUAGAAUUUGAACUUUUCAUAAUUCUCAAUUGUGCUUUAAAACAGUUUUAGAAACAGGAUCUAAAAAUUAAACUUAUUCACAGUAUUGAUGCAACCAGUUGUUUUUGCAGGUAUCUACUGUUUAGUUAUACAUUCCAUAGUUUAAUAAUUUAAUUACAAAUACUUGCAUUAACAAUUUUAAGAACCCUAUGCUUGCAGGAAAGUGGAGUUUUAGUUGGUACACUGUAUGUAAAUUAUAUCAACCCAGUUAGUUGUCUAAAGAGGAUAGUGAUAAAUCAAGUUUAACUUCAUUUCUAAUCUGUUCAGAAGGUACAAACCAGUAAAUUCAACUUUACAACAUAGGAUUUUUUUUCCUUUGCAAACUGUAAAGAGCUCUUCAAGUAAAACCACAACAAACUUGG